UUAAUAAAACUUCAUUGCUGUUUGAUGAGCGGAAAGAAAAUAGUUGAGAAAACAAGUUCGAUUCUCCAUUGUCGAGGCCCACGAAGGCAUGUAUGUAUAAAAGCCACCCGAAGCUCAUGAACUUAGCCGAGCCAACAGCAGCCUCUGCUUAUUUGGGGGUUCACCGGCCGGAUUUGAGAAGAUGAACAGGAAGCCGGGAGACUGGACGUGCAGGUCGUGCCAGCACCUCAACUUCAGCCGGCGCGACUCGUGCCAGCGCUGCGGCGACCCGCGGCCAAGCAGCGAGCGCUCGGACCACUCCAGUUUCGGCAGCGGCGGCGGCCGCGCCGGAGGUGGGUCGUCCUUCGGGUUCGCCGGCUCCGACGUCCGCCCUGGCGAUUGGUACUGCUCUUGCGGCGCCCACAACUUCGCCAGCCGCUCCAGCUGCUUCAAGUGCGCCGCUGCCAUGGAGGACUCCGCCGCUAGACGCGGCGGCGGAGGAGGCGUCAUGCCCGACGGCGACAUGCCACGCUCCCGGGGCUACGGCUUCGGAUCAGCCAGCGGCGGCCGCGCCGGGUGGAAGUCCGGCGAUUGGAUUUGCAACAGUUGCAACGAACACAACUUCGCGAGCAGAACAGAAUGCUUCCGCUGCAGUGCGCCGAGGGAUUCUGGCAAAGAAGAAGUCUGAGAAGAGACCAAACUCACAGCGACGGGAGAGCUUACGAUCGUUACAGUAGCACUUAAACUACUAGUUUUGCCAUCCCCGAUACUCUCUGUCUUGCUUCCUUAACUAAGCUUUUGAAGUCUAUGUACCUCCUCCAAUCUUGUUUGUGUUGCUGCGCCUUAAAUUUCUACCUCGAUCAGUGUUUUAAUUAA